AUGGCCUCCUCAACCCCCAAUGCCUCCGGCACCUCCAAGUUUGAUCCCGAUUUCACUGCCCAUGUCAUCGGGCUGAUGGCCGACUCGACCCCUCCCCGUGCCAAAGUGAUCCUCACCAGCCUGAUCUCGCACUUGCACGACUUCAUCCGCGAGGUCGAACUCACGCAGGACGAGUGGGUUUUGGGCGUCGACUUCGUGAACAGCAUCGGCCAGGCCUACCGCAGCAACAGGAACGAGGCGUGGAGAAUCUGCGACGUGUUGGGCGUGGAGUCGCUCGUCGACGAGAUCAACCACAAAGUCGCAACCGACGCGGGCAUCGAGCCCACCUCCUCCGCAAUCCUCGGGCCCUUCUGGUCCCCAGACUCCCCCUUCCGCGACCUCGGCGCCUCCGUGGUGCAGAACUUCCCGCCCAAGGGCCAGCUCACGUACUUCCACGGGGCGAUCCUCGACGCCGAGACGGGUAAGGGCAUCGAGGGCGCCGUGUUUGACAUGUGGCAGGCGUCGACGAACGGGAAGUACGACGUCUUCGACCCGGAGCACCAGACCAAGAACAACCUGCGCGGCAAGUUCCGCACGAACGCCGAGGGUAAGUUCUGGUUCUACUGCCUGAAGCCGACGGAGUACGCCAUUGACACGUCCGGCCCGAGCGGGGACCUGCUGGCGCUGAUGGGACGGCACCCGAACCGGCCCGCGCAUAUCCACAUGAUGGUGACGCACGAUGACUACUUGGGCGUCACGGCACAACUAUACCCCAGAGACGACCCGUGGCUCGCGACAGAUACGGUGUGUGCGGUUAAGGAGGACUUGUUAUUGGACUUUAAGGAGGUGGAGAAGGGGGUGUACGGCGAUGCGACGCUCGAGUGCGAGUAUACCGUGAGGUUGCUGGAUAGGAGGCAUAAGCCGGAUAGCACCAUGUUGAUGGGUAAUGCGGCCGGAGAGAAGAAGGUGAAGGAGGCGGCUGCUAAGGAGGCGAGGCUGUAG